GAGUCGUCUUAUAUUCGGGCCAAUACGGAUAAGUGAAAAUAUCAACCCCAACACAGUAACCCAUUCGUCUCAUUCUAACUAUGGACGAAGAAGAACUGAUUUUAUGCACUCACUGCAAAAAAGAGGUGGCGAAGGCAAAUUAUGAGCUGCACGAACCACACUGUAAGAGGUUUCUGUGUAUAUGCCCUGACUGCGAUGAAACUGUGCCUCGAGAUCAACUGGAGCAGCAUAAAACUGAACAGCACACAGAGGUAAAAUGUAAUAUGUGCAAGAAAAAGAUUGAGCGAAGGCAUCUGUUGGAUCAUGAGAAAGAUGAGUGCACCAAGAGGCCUCAGAUCUGUGAGUUUUGUCAGCUUGAGCUUCCUCUGAGCAAUCUAAAAGAGCACAUAGUGUCCUGUGGGAGUCGCACGGAGCGCUGCUCUGACUGUGGCCGGUACGUUAAGCUGAUGGACCAGCUUGAUCACGCUCAGAUCUGCUCUACUACCACCCCCACAACAUCAAAGGGCCUUGUCCCUGAGGAUGAUACUUAUGACACAGAUGAGCAGACUAUGUUGCAGUGUCAGAAUUGUCUGAAAUACAUUCCCUCAGACAAGCUGAAGGAACACAAGCUGCUUUGCAAACAGUUCUUAAAGUAUGCUGACGAUGAGGAUGAUGACACUGAGGAUGAGGAUGAAAACACCAAUCCUGGAAAUGACAGCACUCCAGACGCUGCAGAUUUCUCCUUCUCAUCAUUGCAAAAGGUGAAGAGAGACAGAAACAUGGACAUGGACCUGGAUAAGAUAAGCACCUGUCCGCUCUGUCAUCUGGCUCUUCCUGUAAAGACGCUGGAAUGGCAUGAGAUAAAAUGUGAAUUACACAAGCAUCUCAACGUGGCAUGAUGGCUGGUGAAAUCAAAGCUAAAUAUGGUUGCUGGAAACUGCAAAAUCGCCAGUCAUCGCAAAUAAAAAAUAUUAAAUAUUUUGUUGUGGAAUAAAUAUAUUGAAAUAUACUGAAACUAACUAAAAACAUGUUUACAAUGCUUCUUAUAAUCACUGUAUGAUUUUAAUUUGAAAAUAAUGGAUCUUUAAAAGUUUCAUAAUAGGCCAAGUGAAAGAAAAAUAAUGCAAAAUGUUUUAAACAUCUUGAGUAAAGGUACUUUAUGUACCCAUUUUAUGAGGCAGUUAUUUGGCUCUUUCAUAAAUCUGUUGUUUAAACCUUACUGCAUGUUAAAUCCAGACAAACCUCUGACCACAGCAAAAAAAAUAAAGAUAACGCAACUAUU